AUGUAUGAAGGCCAGAGGUCAAUGUUCAGUGCCUUCUUCUAUUUUCUCAUCAUCAUCAUCACCAUCAUCAUCAUCAUCAUCGUUGGAGAAUGUGUGCCACUGGGGUCAAUCCUCAGCCAGUGGCAUCCUUGGACCUCUCACGAGGCAGCCACAGAGCGGUUAGGCCGCUUGGCAACCUCAGCAUCGAGGUACCGCGAGCUCCUUGGUUCAUCCAAAGCCAACUCUGGAUCAGCAGAGAGCGACUACACACCAGUCGAGACUGCCAGACUGCUUAACUCCUUCUGUUCUGUGGAGAAGACAUUGCAGUGCAGUUGUUCCUUUCAUGGGAUCCCCACACCCUCUGUGGAGUGGUGCGUGGACGGUGUCCCUGUGGAUGGGAACAGUGGACAUGGCCACCUCCAGGUGACCUCUACCACACUUGGUCCCUGGGAUAACAGCACCCUCAGCCUGGCCAAGGACCCAGAAAUGGGCACAGUUCUUCUCUGUGAGGGAAAGAACCAACAUGGAAUCUAUGGUCUGAGCAUCCUACUGAUGUCGAGAAAGGGCCCUUUGGCUCCCCAGAUUUUCCUGGAAGCUCUGCUACAGGGUGUUGUCUAUGCAGCCAUAGCAAUCACACUACUUUUUUUCUGCCUCCUCCCCUUCAUAGUGAAGCUUCUCAGGACAAAGCAGGCAAAGAAGUGUUCACAGAUGAGAGCACAGACGGUCUCUACAGCUGGGAUCCCAUGUGAAGCCCAAGAAGCCUAG